AGAUAGAGCACUCGACCUCUUGCACUCAUCCUACUUACUCGUCAACUUGCCCAGUCCGUUCAUUCACUUUCUCUUCAUAUCGACCUCGAUAGCAUUUCCUAUUCAAUAUGGCCGUUCGAGCAGGCUACAACAAGAACAGCUCUGCCCGGUCAAGCCAUCAAACGUAUAAUGCAGGAGGCAAGAGAGUUGGCGAAUGACCCGAGCACAGAUUAUACUGCGGCGCCCUUGGAGGACGAUAUCUUUGAAUGGCACUGUACCAUACGUGGAGCUCCUGGAACGGAAUUCGAGGGAGGAUUAUACCACUUUCGCAUCCUGUUACCCUCAGAAUAUCCCUUCCGCCCGCCGUCCAUCAUGAUGUUGACGCCUAACGGCCGAUUUGAGCUGAAUACCAAGAUCUGUAUCAGCUUUACAAAUUACCACGAGGAGCUGUGGCAGCCUGCCUGGGGUGUGCGUACAGCUAUCGUCGGUCUGCAAGGUUUCUUCCCUCUAAAAGGAACGGCCGCCGUUGGAGUUGGAGCUUUGGAGUAUCCUUCUGUUGAAAGGAGACGUUUGGCAGCUAUAUCCAGAGAAUGGGUUUGCUCACGAUGCGGCAAGUGUAAUCUGGAGAGCCUACCUGACCCAGAUACACCAUCUCAUAAUCAUUCCGAGACACCAAUUGAGAAUGCGGCAGAGAACACUGAUGAAGCCUCUACCCCAAUUUCGACUGCGGUUGAGAAAGUCACUCAGUCAGCGCCAUCUGAUUCCAACAACUCGAAUCAACCGAUAGAGCCACUACAUGACAUCGCGCCUACCGUCACUCCCCCUUUGAAAGUCGUAGCACCUACACCUACUCGACCAAUAGGGCCAACGCCAUUGGUGACAGCAGGUUCUUCAUCCUCAUCCUCGCCUACCUUGGUAUCCGAGGCAGAGGAGGACCCGAAUAGGCCUGCCGCGUUAGACAUACGUAUCCCCGGAGCAGAACGUCCACCUAUCAUCAUUCGUAGGAGUACGCCUCGUCCUCCGAUUGUGCUUGAUACAGCCAUCUGUGUUUUGCUUGUUCUCGUGUUUGCUCUGAUUUGCAGGAGGAUCCUGUAAAUGUUUUUUCUUUCUUUUGUGGGCCGCGACGUUGUACCAUAGGAGGACGGGCAUUUUCAUCUCAUCAGCUUCAAGGACAUCUUGUUGUAUAUCUAGCACCAGUGUAUGACUAGUGAUUCUCUUUUUCCGACUCAAUGCAUAUGACAGAUACCCUAGAUACCCCUC